AUGUGUGCCGAGCGGCUGGGCCAGUUUGUGACCCUGGCUUUGGUGUUUGCCACCUUGGACCCGGCGCGGGGCACCGACGCCACGAACCCUCCGGAAGGUCCGCAAGACAGGAGCUCCCAGCAGAAAGGCCGUCUGUCCCUGCAGAACACAGCGGAAAUCCAGCACUGUUUGGUCAACGCCGGAGACGUGGGGUGUGGUGUGUUUGAAUGUUUCGAGAACAACUCUUGUGAAAUCCGGGGCUUACAUGGGAUUUGCAUGACUUUUCUGCAUAAUGCUGGAAAAUUCGACGCCCAGGGCAAAUCAUUCAUCAAGGAUGCCCUGAGGUGCAAGGCCCAUGCCCUGCGGCACAGAUUUGGCUGCAUCAGCAGGAAGUGUCCGGCAAUCAAGGAGAUGGUUUUCCAGUUGCAGAGGGAAUGCUACCUCAAGCACAAUCUGUGCUCAGCGGCGCAGGAGAACAUCGGCGUGAUGGUGGAGAUGAUAAACUUCAAGGACCUCCUGAUGCAUGAGCCCUAUGUGGACCUCGUGAAUCUGCUGCUGACCUGCGGGGAAGAUGUAAAGGAAGCCGUCACUCACAGCGUCCAGGCUCAGUGUGAGCAGAACUGGGGAGGCCUGUGCUCCAUUCUGAGCUUCUGCACCUCCAACAUACAGAGACCUUCCACUGCGGUCCCUGAGCACCAGCCCCCGGCAGAUAGGGCCCAACUACCCAGGCCUCACCACCGAGAAACAGGCCACCACCUAUCCGAAGCCAGCAGAGGCGCCAAGGGUGAGCGAGGGAGCAAAAGCCACCCACAUGCCCACACCCGAGGCGGAGCAGGUGGCCAGAGCGCCCAGGGACCUUCUGGGAGCAGCGAGUGGGAAGAUGAACAGGCUGAGUAUUCCGACAUCCGGAGGUGA